GAACUGAACUUUCAUGCUUUGUUAACCUGUUCUGGGCAAGAACUGGGCAGAAGAUGCUGGAAGAAGGAACCAUCCUUUCACAAGUUCAUGACUCCAUAGGAAUCCAGAAGGUUUAAAAUAAACCCACUCUAAACUCCAUUUUGUCAGCUCUCCCAGAAUCACAUGUGGUUGGUGGAUCUGCUUCAACAAUAAGGGGAUAAAAUAACCUUUCUUUCCAAUCAGCCUCCACCCUCCAUUUUAUUUCCAGUGCCUUCCUCCUGUAUUAGAACUGAACCAGAUGGAUAUUUCUUCCAAGAAAUGAAAAAGCAUUUGGAGAUACACAAUUUUCCUUGCACUAAUUUAGAAUUGUGUUAUAGGACAGAGAAAGAAUGGCAAGCCUUCCUUUAGCAAGUGGGGAAACUAGAAAAGGCCCUUCCGGUGCUCAGUCUGGAAUCUACGGGGAGAUGUUGGCAAGAACUGGGCAGAAGAUGCUGGAAGAAGGAACCAUCGUUUCACAAGUUCAGGCUUGGAAUUUCAGGAACUUCCAAUUUCAGGAGGAUGAGAAUCCCCGAGGACUUUGCAGCCGACUCCACUACUUCUAUAGUCGGUGGUUGGGACCAGACAAGCACACAAAAGCGCAGAUGCUGGACCUGGUUGUUCUGCAGCAGUUCCUGGCCCUUCUGCCCCUGCAGAUGGAGAGCUGGGUGCGGGAGUGUGGAGCAGAGACCUGCUCCCAGGCGGUGGCCCUGGUGGAAGGCUUCCUCCAGAGCCAGGCGGAGGAGAAGAAGGAGCAGGUUGAGUUGCAGUCCUUCGCAAUGGAGAUCAGAGAUCCUGAGAGAAAGAGGCAUCGCUCAAAUCUCCUUCAAGAACUGUCUUUCAGGGGGAUCCCUCAGGAAGAUCCAAUUCAGGACACCUCAGGAGGGGAGAAUAGAAGGAAGUUGACUCUUUGUUUUGGGGGAGCAGAAACUAGGAUUGACCCUCCAACUCAGGACAGAGAAAGAAUGGCAAGCCUUCCUUUAGCAAGUGGGGGAACUGGAAAAGGCCCUUCCGGUGCUCAGUCUGGAAUCCACGGGGAGAUGUUGGCAAGAACUGGGCAGAAGAUGCUGGAGGAAGGAACCAUCAUUUCACAAGUUCAGGCUUGGAAUUUCAGGAAUGUCCAAUAUCAGGAGGAUGAGGGUCCCCGAGGACUUUGCAGCCGACUCCACUACUUUUGUAGUCGAUGGUUGAGACCAGACAAGCACACAAAAGCGCAGAUGCUGGACCUGGUUGUUCUGGAGCAGUUCCUGGCCCUUCUGCCCCUGCAGAUGGAGAGCUGGGUGCGGGAGUGUGGAGCAGAGACCAGCUCCCAGGCGGUGGCCCUGGUGGAAGGCUUCCUCCUGAGCCAGGCAGAGGAGAAGAAGGAGCAGGUUGAGUUGCAGUCCUUCGCAAUGGAGAUCAGAGAUCCUGAGAGAAAGAAGCAUCCCUCAAAUCUCCCUCAAGAACUGUCUUUCAGGGGGAUCCCUCAGGAAGAUCCAAUUCAGGACACCUCAGGAGGGGAGAAUAGAAGGAAGUUGAUUCUUUGUUUUGGGGGAGCAGAAACCAGGAUUGAACCUCCAACUCAGGAGGGUCUUGUGUCCUUUGAGGAGGUGGCUGUGUAUUUCUCAGAGGAGGAGUGGACUCAGCUGGAUCCUCACCAAAAAGCUCUGCAUUGGGAAGUCAUGUUGGAGAAUUAUAAGAAUGUGGUCUCUCUUGGUGAUAAUGAGAUUGACAAUAAAGAAUCUGGAGAACCAAUCAAAGUGUUUCGACAAGAAGACGUAAUGAAGAAACCUGCAAUUCAAACAGAAUUCCAAAGGCAGGAGAGAAACCUGUCAAAUAACUGGAAUAAGGGAAGUUCAUCUUCGAUUGUUGCUCAGAUGCAGGAAUUUAUUGAUCAACAAGAAAAAUUAAAGAAGAAAUAUAUUGGAAAAGAUGUAAGACUCUUCAAAGACACAUUAGAUGUAAAUGGACCCUGUCCAUCAAAAGCCAAAGGACGAGCCAAUAUAUGCAAAAACAAAAGGAAAAAUUACAGUUGGAUAUUCACACUUUCUCAAGAAAAUGGGUCGCUUGAGUCACAGAAAAGUUUUCACAUGGGAGAGAAGUCAAAUAAAUGCAAUGAACAUGGAAACAAGAUAGUUAAUAAAAGGACAUGCACAAGGGAGAAGCCAUAUAAAUGCAAGGAGUGUGGAAAAAGCUUCAGAUUAAGCAAAGAACUUACAUCCCAUCACAGGAUCCACACAAGGGAGAAGCCAUAUAAAUGCAUGGAGUGUGGAAAGGGCUUCAGUUUACGCAAUAAUUUUACACGCCAUCAAAGGAUCCACACUGGGGAGAAGCCAUAUAAAUGUAUGGAGUGUGGAACGGGCUUUAGCCAAAAGGGUAUCCUUAUUGCCCAUCAAAGGAUCCACACAGGGGAGAAGCCAUAUAAAUGCAUGGAGUGUGGAAAGGACUUCAGAACAAACCGUAAACUUACAUCCCAUCGAAGGAUCCACACUGGGGAGAAACCAUAUAAAUGCAUGGAGUGUGGAAAGGACUUCAGAGUAAGCAGUUACCUUACAUGCCAUCAAAGGAUCCACACUGGGGAGAAGCCAUAUAAAUGCAUGGAGUGUGGAAAGGACUUCAGAAUAAGCAGUAAACUUACAUUCCAUCAAAGGAUCCACACUGGGGAAAAACCAUAUAAAUGCAUGGAGUGUGGAAACGACUUCCGUGCAAGGAGUUCCCUUACACGCCAUCAAAGGAUCCACACAGGAGAGAAACCACAUCAAUGCAUGGAGUGUGGAAAGGGCUUCAGUACAAGCAGUUCCCUUACACACCAUGAAAGGAUCCACACAGGAGAGAAACCAUAUCAAUGCAUGGAGUGUGGAAAGGGCUUCAGUACAAGCAAUGAUCUUACAUCCCAUCAAAGGAUUCAUAUAGGGGAAAAGCCAUAUAAAUGCGUGGAGUAUGCUGUCUCCAUGGUAGGGAGCCGCAUGUCAGCUCCAGCGCGCCGAUGGCCCAGAGCUGCCAUUCAGGCAGGGGACGCAGCACGGGAACCACAAACAAGCCAGCCGCCGACACCCACCUUUCAGAAGCAGCUGCGAAGCGGGAAGCAGCUGCAAUGGCAGCAUUCAUGGCCAGGACUGGACCGAGACAGAGAAAGAAUGGCAAGCCUUCCUUUUGCAAGUGGGGGAACUGGAAAAGGCCCUUCCGGUGCUCAGUCUGGAAUCCACGGGGAGAUCUCAGCAAGAACUAGGCAGAAGAUGCUGGAAGAAGAAACCAUCAUUUCACAAGUUCAUGCCUGGAACUUCAGACGCGUCGAAUAUCAGGAGGAUGAGGGUCCCCGAGGACUCUGCAGCCGACUGCACUACUUUUGUAGUCGAUGGUUGAGACCAGACAAGCACACAAAAGCGCAGAUGCUGGACCUGGUUGUUCUAGAGAAAUUCCUGAGCCUUCUGCCCCUGCAGAUGGAGAGCUGGGUGCGGGAGUGUGGAGCAGAGACCAGCUCCCAGGCAGUGGCCCUGGUGGAAGGCUUCCUCCUGAGCCAGGCAGAAGAGAAGAAGGAGCAGGUUGAACUGCAGUCCUUCACAAUGGAGAUCAGAGAUCCUGAGAGAAACAGGCAUCCAUCAAAUCUCCCUCAAGAACUGUCUUUCAGGGGGAUCCCUCAGGAAGAUCCAAUUCAGGACACCUCAGGAGGGGAGAAUAGAAGGAAGUCGACUCUUUGUUUUGGGGAAACAGAAACCAGGACUGAACAUCCAAUUCAGAAAGGUCUUCUGCCCUUUGAGGAAGUGGCUGUGUAUUUCUCAGAGGAGGAGUGGACUCAGCUGGAUCCUCACCAAAAAGCUCUGCAUUGGGAAGUCAUGUUGGAGAAUUAUAAGAAUGUGGCCUCUCUUGGUGCUAAUGGGAAUGACAGUAAAGUCUCUGGAGAACCAAUCAAAUUGUUCAGACAAAGAGAAAUAAUGGAAAAUCCUAUAAUUCAAAUGGAAUUCCAAAAGCAGGAGAGAACCCCGUCAAAUAACUGGAAUAAGGAAAGCUCAUCUUCCAUUGAUGCUCAGAUGCAGAUCUUUAUUGAUGAACAAGGAAAAAUAGAGAAAAAAUAUAUUGGGAAAGAUGUAAGACUAUUCAAAGACACAUUAGAUAUAAAUGGGCAUUAUCCAUCCCAAGCCAAAGUACAAGAUUAUAUCUGGAAAGACAGAGGAAAAAAUUACAAUUGGACUUGCAUACUUUCUCAAGAAAAUGGGUCUCUUACUUCACAGAAAAGUAUCCACAUAGGAGAGAAGCCAAAUAAAUGCACUGAGUAUGGAAACAAGACUCUUAAUAAAAGGAUAUGCACAAGGGAGAAGACAUUUAAAUGCAUGGAGUGUGGAAAAGGCUUCCAUAUAUACAGUCAUCUUACAUCCCAUCAAAGGAUCCACACAGGGGAGAAGCCGUAUAAAUGCAUGGAGUGUGGAAAGUGCUUCACCCAACAUUAUCAUCUUACAUCCCAUCAAUGGAUCCACACAAGAGAGAAACCGUAUCAAUGCAUGGAGUGUGGAAAGGGCUUCACCCAACAUUAUCAUCUUAUAUCCCAUCAAAGGAUCCACACCGGGGAGAAGCCAUAUAAAUGCAUGGAGUGUGGAAAGGGCUUCCGCAUACACAAUUACCUUAUAUGCCAUCAAAGGAUCCACACAGGGGAGAAGCCAUAUAAAUGCAUGGAGUGUGGAAAGGGUUUCAGCCAACAUAGUAAACUUACAUCCCAUCAAAGGAUCCACACAGGGGAGAAGCCAUAUAAAUGCAUGGAGUGUGGAAAGGGCUUCCGCAUACACAAUUAUCUUAUAUGCCAUCAAAGGAUCCACACAGGGGAGAAGCCAUAUAAAUGCAUGGAGUGUGGAAAGGAUUUUACCCAACAUGGUCAUCUGGUUUCCCAUCAAGCAAUCCACACAGGAGAGAAGCCGUAUAAAUGCAUGGAGUGUGGAAAGGGCUUCAGAAGACCUCAUACUCUUACCUCUCAUAAAAGGAUUCACACGGGAGAGAAACCAUUUAAAUGCCUGGUGUGUGGAAAGGGCUUUAGCCAGCAGAGCAACCUUAGUUCCCAUAAAAGGAUCCACACAGGGGAGAAGCCAUAUAAAUGUAUGGAAUGUGGAAAGACCUUUACUCAGAGUGUUCAGCUUACUUGCCAUAAAACAAUCCACACAGGGGAGAGACCAUAUAAAUGCAAAGAAUGUGGAAAGAGCUUCAGUCAACCCAGUAGUCUUACUGUUCAUAAAAGGAUCCACACAGGGGAGAAGCCAUAUAAAUGUAUGGAGUGUGGAAAAACCUUUUCUUACAGUGGUCAUCUUACCUCCCAUAAAAAGAUCCACACAGGGGAGAAACCAUAUAAAUGCAUGGAGUGUGGGAAGACCUUUAGUCGUAACAUUCAACUUACUUCCCAUAAAAGGAUUCACACAGGGGAGAAGCCAUAUAAAUGCUUGGAGUGUGGAAAGGGCUUCUGUGAAAACUGGUCUCUUACUGUUCAUAAAAGGAUCCACACAGGAGAGAAGCCAUAUAAAUGUAUGGAGUGUGGAAAGGGCUUCAGCCAACAUAGUAAUCUUACUUCCCAUAAAAGGAUCCACACAGGGGAGAAACCAUAUAAAUGCUUGGAGUGUGGAAAGAUGUUUAUUUAUAGCAGUCAUCUUACUUCCCAUAAAAGGAUCCACACAGGGGAGAAGCCAUAUAAAUGCAUGGAGUGUGGAAAGACUUUUACUCAUAAUAUUCAACUGACUUCCCACAAAAGGAUCCACACAGGGGAGAAACCAUAUAAAUGCAUGGAGUGUGGAAAGGGCUUCAGCCAACAUGGUAAUCUUACUUCCCAUAAAAGGAUCCACACUGGGGAGAAACCAUUUAAAUGCAUGGAAUGUGGAAAGACAUUUACUCAUAGCAGUCAACUUAUUCCCCAUAAAAGGAUCCACACUGGAGAGAAACCAUAUAAAUGUAUGGACUGUGGAAAAACCUUUACUCAUAGCAUUCAACUUAGUUCCCAUAAAAGGAUCCAUACUGGGGAGAAACCAUAUAAAUGUAUGGAGUGUGGAAAGGGCUUCAGUCAACAUAGUAGUCUUACUUCCCAUAAAAGGAUCCACACAGGGGAGAAGCCAUUUAAAUGCAUGGAAUGUGGAAAGGGCUUUACUUAUAGUAGUCACCUUACUUCCCAUAGCUGGAUUCACAUAGGAGAGAAACCAUUUAAAUGCAUGGAAUGUGGAAAGACCUUUACUUAUAGCAGUCAUCUUACUUCCCAUCAAAGGAUCCACACAGGGGAGAAGCCAUUUAAAUGCAUGGAGUGUGGAAAGGGCUUCAGCCAACGCAGUAAUCUUACUUCCCAUAAAAGGAUCCACACAGGGCCGAAGCCAUAUAAAUCUCGGGCAUGUGGAAAGAGCUACAAGAGGAGCAAUGACCUAAAAGAGAUACACUUAGUUAAGGAUAUUCAGGAGGAUGAAAGUGACUGCAGUGUGCUGACAUUGCAAACUAUCAACCAAGGAAAGAGAUCUUUGGAAACCAGUGUGGACCAAAAGAAAAUAAUAUGAAAUUAUGAAAAAUGACUUCAGUUCCUCCUGACCAAACACACAGUAAUGAGAAGGGGAACUGCCUGUGAGAUGUGAAAAUACCAGAAAAUAAUACUAGCCAACAAAGAUUUUGCAUCCUGUGCACCUUUAAUGUAUCUUACAGAUUUUUGGCUGCUAAUCACAAAAAUAGCCUGUACUGCUUUAUAGAAAUCAUCUCUUUUUACACAACAGCAGUGUACACCUACAGUAUCUUUUGGCUGUAUGGCACACAUGCAAACCAUGAAAACAAGGAACUGUUGUUGAAGCACAUGCAGUACAUCAAGCAAAACUAGAAUAUCUGUGGAGAUUUAAAAGUAGUGGCUCUGCUGCUAGGAAUGCAGCUCAGAUGUAUCAAGUACCGUUAUUACAUAUGCAGAUGUGAAAGCUAUGCAAGAGAAUUGCAUUACAUUAAAAAGAAAUGGUCACUGUAAAAGAAUUCGGUUCCAGGCCAGAAAAACACAGACAUGAAUGAACCACUUGUUGAGCCAACAAAUAAAUGUUUGCCUCUGCUUCACAUAAACCUCAGACUGAUUAAAUGUUUUGUCAAAGCAAUGAACAAAGAAGGUGAAGGUUUUUGUUAUUUUAGGCAGAUGUUUCCAAGAAUAAUUGAUGUCAAGAUUAAGGAAGGUAUUUUUUGGUCCACAGAUCAUAGAUAUCGUCAAUGACAAUCAAAGAGCUGUUAGUGGGGCCAGAGAAAAUCACCUGGACAUCAUUCAGAGAUGUCGUUGAGAAUUUUCUUGGCAACUUCUUGGCAAACUACAUUCAGCUGAUUGACAAAUGUGUUACAGCGUACAAGACCAUGAAGUGCAACAUAUCACUGAAGAUGCAUUUUCUGCAUUCACACUUGGACUUCUCCCUCAGAAAUCUAGGUGCAGCCAGUAACAAACAUAGUGAAAGGUUUCACCAGAACAUUGCCAUGAUGGAAAAUUUGUAUCAGGGCAACUGGAAUCCAUCGAUCCUGGCUGAAUAAUGUUGGGCAGUUCAGUGAGAGGCAUCGGACACUUGCAAAUGAAAAGCAGAAGCAAAACAAUUUUAUUCCUAUUGAAUUCAAGCAGCAUUUUGGAAACAUCAUUCAAUUAUACACAUUAUAGUAAUUAAAAGUUAAUUUCAUAUUUCUCAAGAUGUGACUAUGUGUUAUAGUUGUCUUGAAAUUUCUGUUCAGUUUGAAGGGAUCUGUCAUAAUAACCAAAAGAUUUUCAUGAAGCAAAACUUUUGAAAAAAAUUGUCCAGUGUGACCAGGCUCACAUCUACAGUGUAGAAUCACUCAGUAGGAAUGCAAGAAGCAUGGAAUCUUCUUAAGUCACAGAUCUCAUUACAGGUAGUCCUCAAUUUACAACCACAAUCGAAGCCAAAAUUUAUAUUGCUGAGAAAUUGUUAAGCAAGUUUUGCCCAUUUUAUGACCUUUCUUUCCACAGUUGUUAAGUAAAUCACUGCAGUUGUUAAAUUAGUAACACAGUUGUUAAGUGAAUCUGGUUUCUGACUUUUCUUGUCAGAAGGUUGCAAAAGCUGAUCACAUGACCUCAGGACACUGCAACCGUCAUAAAUGGAAGUCAGUUGUCAAGCAUCCAACUGUAAAUCAUAUGACCAUGGGGAUGCUGCAAUGGUCAUAAGUGUGAAAAAUGAUCAUCUCACUUUUUUCAGUGCUGUUGUAAGUGAACUAAGCGAACUGUUGUAGGUUGAGGACUGCCUGUAUAUGAGGGAAUCAUUAAAUCA